GGAAACCUAGAAAUGUUGUUCUGGGCACCCACAAUCUCAAGAAAGCUGAGAAGACCAUGGUAUAUCAAAUAAAAAAGAAGUGCAAGCAUCCUUCUUACAAUGAUGUUACAUUUGGAAAUGAUAUCAUGCUUCUCAAAGGUGAUUCUGGGGGUCCUCUGGUAUGUGACAAGAAGAUGGCACACAUAUACAAAUGCACACACACACACACACACACACACACACACACACACUACUUUAACAUCUGACAUGUGACCGUGAAGGUGUAGCUGGAAAAUGUGGUUUCAAUGACUCACAGACUAUACAUAUACGUGUUGAUGAAAGCCACAGAAACAUUGCAAGGUGAUGCAUAAAGCAGGCAAACUGCCCCCUAAACAACGACAUUUUACUUAACUUCCAUGCAUCAUGCACGCUCUACAGAAGUGUCUUCUAGUCACAGCUGCGACAUGCCUCAUUCAAAAUGUUUUUCUUCAUUUAUUUUCAGCACUGGGAAGUGAAAUCAUAAAUGGCAAAAAGGCUGAGGAAAAGUUCAUGCAGUAUAUGGCAUCAGUACAAAACAACAAAAUACACACAUGUGGAGGAUUCCUUGUCAGUGAAGACUUUGUAAUGACAGCUGCGCAUUGUGCUGUUAAGAAGCUUAAAUCCUUAAGUGUUGUUCUGGGCACUCAUGAUCUCAAGAAGGCAAAUAAGAAAAUGAGAUAUGGAGUUAAAAUGAUCUGCAGACACCCUGCCUUCAAGGAAGUUGCAAAUGGGAAUGACAUCAUGCUCCUCAAACUGUCUAAGAAAGUUCCCCUGGGUGACAAAAAACCAGUUAAGCUAAUUCAACUUCCAAUUCAAAAACUAAACCUGAAGGAAAACAAGAUCUGCAGUGUAGCUGGAUGGGGGCCCACAGAACCUGGUAAACACCGAUCUGGUUAUGUUAAUGAGCUGCAAGUGUUAAAUGUUCCCAUCAUUAACAAGGACGAGUGUCAGAAGCUGUGGGGAAGAACUUUAAAAAAUGUUAUUUGCGCCGGUGGAUACAAAGCAAAGAGUGGAAUCUGUCAGGGUGAUUCUGGUGGGCCUCUCGUAUGUAACAAGUUGGCUGUUGGCAUUGUUUCCUUUAACAACGGCAAUGGCUGUAAAUAUCCAGAUGUCCCAAACGUCUAUACAGAUAUAUCACAAUUUCUUCCUUGGAUCACAGAUAUUCUCGAGAAAAAAAAAUGCAAAGGGUAAAAAAUAUUUUCAAUGGUGUUAUGGGUGUAUUGUAAGACUGUUGGGCAAGUGAUAUGUGAGCUGUGUAAACUGCUUAAAUUCUGCAAUAUCUAACAUUAAAGGGCCUUUCAAAAAA